AUUAAGUUAAAUUUGUUUUCGCUGAUCAAGUGAAUAUUCUUUUUAAUUAUUUUUUAUAUCGAGCACAAGUAUCUAAUUUUUCAUUUACAAAUAUACAUAUUUCUUCAUUCCAAUGUAUUAAAGAAAAAUUUGCAUGUACUCUUUUUCUUGGUACUGGUUAGACUAACCACUUAAAAAAAUCAACAAUUAUUUCUAUUUUUCUAUAAAUUAUUACAAAGUAUGUUAAUAUUUUUGAUAACAUAUUAUUGUCCCUGGAGAAUAUGUUACUUCACAGAACCUCGUUUCUGUUCGUGAGAGAUGCACAAAUUUUCUCAUUUGUUAUUAUCAUAAUUAGUAUAAUUUUUAUUGCUAGUACUGUAAUGAAACUUGAGAAACAGUGAAUCGCAGUGUGCUGCUGUGGCGCUGACGAUAGCCUGGAUAGUGCAUACAUUACGUAAAGCCUUUUAGAUUCUCAAAUUCUUCGUUAAAGUGCUCUUACGCAAGACGAGCGCAUAGAGUUUGAGAGACGAUGACGUUCCCACGAUUGCACGUUGCGCAUCCCUCGUUGUACCUAGAAGAGCCAAAAAAUAUUGUUAUCUUGUGCUGUUACUUCAGGCUGAUUAUCGCUGGCGCUCAUCAUCAGAGGUUCCCCUGCGCGCCAAUCGACGCGUUUUCCGUAAAUGGUGCAGCAGUUCCAGUUGCUUGUGCCUUUCAGCCAAUCGGAAGCAGAGUCGAACCACUUCCAUCUUAUGUCAAGGUCUCAACGCCAAUCGCGUACAGGCCUCUACCAAAGACGUCGUCACUGGUAUACAUCGCUCCCCCAAUUUUCAAAACGGUUUCUGCUGUCUCUGCAUCCGAGACAAAAAGCGAAAAAGAAGCGGAGCACAUGGCCUAUCCAAGGUAUUCGUUCAACUAUGGCGUCCUAGAUGGAUAUACUGGCGAUUCAAAGUCAGCCUGGGAAGAAAGGGAUGGUGACACAGUGAAAGGUGAAUACUCCGUGGUUGAAGCAGACGGAUCAAUUAGGACAGUUACCUACACAGCGGACCAUCACAAUGGAUUCAACGCCGUUGUCACAAGGAACGAACCUCCGAAGAACCCAAAACAUGACGCCAACUUGAAAGCAUUUUUACCAGCAGUGAUUCUCUCUCACCCCCGUUAAAAAUAACAAUUCCCGAAGAUAAAUCGUACAAAUCGGUUGAAAUAUCCGUACAAAUUGCAACAUUGUUUAAAAAUACACUUUGUCGAAUAUUCGAAUAUAUAUGUGCAUAGAUCUCAGCAGUAUUCCUAUGUUCUUAUAAAAAUGUAAUAAAAAAAUGUUACAUAAAAGUAUUAUUAAUGGGUAGGCCGAGUUUUUCCAGAAAAGAUGAAUCCAAACGAUAAUAUUUUUCGGCUACUUUUAAGGAAGGGGGAGACCAGGAGAGUCUGGUUCAACCAAGGUUUUUUUCUAAUUUUUUCAGUUUUGUUUAGAUAUAAUUUAUUUUUAUUCUUGAAACUUUUUUCCAUAUAAAGUACGUUCAACGAAAAAAAUUUGACGUUGAAGAUUUAAUUUGAAUAUACAGGCUGUUCCAAAAAUGUUGUAACACCUUGAAAUGGGUGGUUCGGAAGGUGAUUUGGAACAACUUUUUCCUUAGCGAAAAUAUUGUCCGAGGCUUCGUUAAGGAGAUAUUAAGCGAAAACCCCGACCAAUCAGAGCGCGAGUAUGCCGGCGGACCGCUCACGGUAGCGUAGGCCACACCCUAGGCGUCCGCGCUCUGAUUGGUCAGGGUUUUCCGUUAAUAUCUCCUUAACGAAGCCUCGGACAACAUUUUCGCCAAGGAAAAAGUUGUUUCAAAUCACCUUCCGAACCAUCCACCUCAAGGUAUUACAACAUUUUUGGAACACCCUGUAUACAUAUACAGUAUCCCAGAAUUAGUGUAAGAACCGGAAGUGGGGAGUAGCUGAGACGAUUCUGAACAACAAUUUUCUUUGCAGAAAUGUCGGGUGACACUUCGUUUUUGAAUUAUUAACGAAAAACCACCGACCAAUCACUGCGCCCGAGUUGCGCGCGCUCAGCUGUGAGAGUAAAGAUGGCGACGUAGCUGGUUGAGCACGCGCUAAUCGGGCGCUGUGAUUGGUCAAUGCUUUUUAGUUAAUAAUUCAAAAACGAAGCGCCAUUCGA